AUGGCCAGAUCACUCAGAUUUCAAGCAGCUAUUCCCCUAAAGUUCUGGGGUGAAUGUGUGAGAACUACAGUUUACCUUAUUAGCAGGAUACCCCCUAGAGUGUUACAUAACAAAUCACCCUUUGAAAUGUUGUAUUUGCAUCCUCCUUCUCCCUCACACCUCAGAGUCUUUGGGUGUCUUUGCUAUGCAUCUAGUCCAAAUGAGCAUGAUAAGUUUGCACCAAGAGCUUUUCCUACAGUUUUACUAGGUUAUUCCUCCACUCAAAAGGGAUACAAGCUCUACAGUCUGUACACCAAGUCCUUAUUUGUGAGCAUACAUGUAGUAUUUCAGGAACAUCUCUUCCCUUUCAAACAUAUGAAGGAUGUUGGUACCCCUAUAUUUCCUAUUCUUGACUUGCUACCAACUGCAAAGAUCUACACACAAGAUGCCUCCUUACAUCCUUCUGCUCCCUGUCAAGAACUACCUCAUGCCACUGAUUAUGCCCCUAGUGAAGAAUAUCAGCAUAGUGCCACUUCCACAUCUACAGAGUUCACUGCAACAACCUUAGAGCCUCAUGAUCAACCUUCUGAGACGCCACCUCCUCAGGAGUUAAGAAGGUGUACUAGAGAAGGAAAGCAACCUGCCUGGAUGCAGGAUUAUGUCAUUCCUAUCAAGCCCAAAUCUUGUUCAUAUCCUAUGGCUUCAUAUGUGUCCUAUGCUGCUAUAAAAUUGCCUUACAAGCAGGCUCUGUCAGCUUAUACAGCUAUCAAAGAGCCUCAGACCUUCAAAGAGGCUGCUUUGGAUCCAAAAUGGAUAGAAGCUAUGCAGCUUAAAAUUGCUUCUCUAGAAGCUAAUCAUACAUGGAGUGUUGUUGAUCUUCCUCCUGAAGAGAUCCCUAUUGGUUGA